CAGAGGUAGCAGGAUGAAGGUCUCAGGCCACUGGAACCAUAAGUUGUGGACAGGCAGUGGACAUGCCGAGAACGUGUGCCCCCCCCCCCAGCAUAGUACCUACUGAGAGUUAAUUGCCCAGUCACGGUUCUCAGCACCUGUGCGCUUACCCCAAAUUGGCUCUAUCAUGCCCUUCUCCAGGACUGUAAUGGGAACUUUAAGAGACCUUACCAGUUAACCACAACCCUAUGGUCACAUCCUGUUCCUAAGACUUUUUCCACCCUUGUGAUCCAGAAAACAUCCAGUAUCCAUAUAGUCCUUUUUUUUUUUUUAGCUUAAGUGCAUCUGAAUCUUCUAUUUUUAACCAAAAUGAUCCUAAAGAGAAUAGUCUAUCCAGGAGGGAGGCUCGUGGCUACCUUUAAGAGGAAGAAACACUACAAAGAUUUGAGCUUGCUUAGGUGGUUAUGUGGGCCUCAGAGCUGAAGGGGUCAGACUAGACCUCCGUGUGGCUAUAAGGUUGAGCACAGGGAAGUUCUCAUUGUAACUAGAUAUAUGGUUGAGAGCUUUCUCUUUAGAGCUGUGGCCGGAGUACACAGAUACUCUAAGCGUUUGGGAAAAGAAUCGGCUGUGCUGGUCAGCCAGGCCCCUAUUAUGGGCUCCCAAAUGGCUGCCAUCAGCCCUGUGCAGGAGGAAGGGGGUGGGGGUUGUGCGGCCAGACUGAGGUCACAAUGAGCCCAAUCUAAGUUCCUUUCUUCUCGGACCAUUCCUUCCAACCUCCACAGCGAGGUGACGUGCCCGGACUCUAGGACCCUAAGGAGGAAUUAAGUACUGACUUCAGCAGGGCCACACCCCCCUUUGGGGUGGAGCCAAAAAAGGAACCACCGCCCUAAGAGGCGGGACCUCGUAGCCAGAGGCGGAGCUGAGAACUGAGGGCUGGUUAUCGCCCAGAAGGCCCACAGGGCUUGGGGCACACUGAGCCCAGAAGGUGGCGUCGGUGCCCAGGACCCGCCGCGUCCACAGGCUCCCUUCUUUGGAUCACGUUGCGGUGGUGGUAGACCAAGGUUCCGGCUUCACUAAGGCAGGCUUCGCCGGGGAGCUCCAGCCGCGCAUUGUGCUGAAGAGCUCAAGUCUGAUGCCAAGUUGGGACCGGCCAGUGCUGCCCGGAGCACCCGGCUGCGAGCUGGCAGGCGGCGUGGCGCGUGCGCACCCUAUCAAGCACGGCGUGGUGGUGGACUGGGAUGCACUGGAGGGACUGUGGGAGCGUCUAAUGGUGGGAGGCCUGCAGGUCCGCCCCGAGCAGUGGCCUGUGCUCGUGAGCGACUCGCCAUCAGCACCACCGGAGGGCCGAGAAAAGGUGGCCGAGCUGCUGUUCGAGGCCCUGACUGUGCCCGCGUGCCACAUGGCCAGCACGGCACUGCUGGCACUCUGCUCCACCGGAGCGUUCAGUGGGCUGGCUGUGGAGGCGGGAGCAGGCGUGUGCCACGCCACACCCGUCUACGCAGGUCACUCAUGGCACAAGGCCACCUUCCGUCUGAAUGUGGCAGGUAGCACCCUGUCGCGCUACUUUCGAGACCUGCUGGUGGCGGCGUGCCCUGAUCUUCAGCUGCAGGCUCUGCCCCGCAAGACCGUUACACAGCUCAAGAAGCGCUGCUGCUAUGUGUCCCUAGAUUUCCAGGGUGAUAUCUGUGACCCUGCCCGCCACCAGAGGGCCUGCUUUUGCCUGAGCGAUGGCUGCUAUGUGCACCUCGGCAGCGAGCGCUUCCGCUGCCCUGAACCCCUCUUCCAGCCAAGUCUCCUAGGCCACCCCGAGCCAGGACUGCCCACAUUGGCCUUCCAGGCACUGCAGAAGAUUCCCUCAACACUGCGGACACGCCUGGCCAGUACGGUGGUGCUGGCUGGUGGUUCCACCCUUUUCCCGGGCUUUGUGGAGCGCAUGAACCUGGAGCUAGAGGCACAGUGCCGGAGGCAUGGGUACCCGGCCCUGCGGCCCUGUCUGGUGGCUCAGCCUGGACGGGGCACAGCUGUGUGGACUGGAGGUUCCAUGAUGGCCUCCCUGAACUCUUUUCAGUGCCGUUGGAUGACUCGGGCCAUGUACGAGGAGUAUGGCCCUUUUCUGGUGCGAGAAGUGUUCGACUGAGUUUUAUAUGGACGCAGAAUGACUGGUGACACCAGGGGCACUGCAGGAACAGAGGCGGCAACUCUGGCCUAGCGUGGAGAACCAGAUAAACAGAUUGAAGUGUUUGUAGCUGGCAGGGUUAUAUGUGGGUGGACUGCCCUUUUCCCUUUCUGGGCUAACCCUGACCCUCAUUUUGCUUUCAUUUGAAAACCCAAACCACCACAUGUUUAGAGAAUGUCAGCCCCCCCCCCCCAGCUGGGCCAGGCUCAAAGAACAUUUGAAAAAAAACUCUUAAUAUGAAGAACCUAGAAGCCCUGCCCCUCACUUGAAGCUCUCAGCAUUCCCUUUUCUGUAGAAAGUUGGGGGGGGGGGGGCAGUGACUAGCAUGUGCAAAGCCUUAGGGUCUAUCCUCAAGUAUCAAAAAAAGGAUAGUUGGGGGCUGGAGAGAUGGCUCAGCAGUUAAGAGCAUUGUCUGCUCUUCCAAAGGUCCUGAGUUCAAUUCCCAGCAACCACAUGGUGGCUCACAACCAUCUGAAAUGAGAUCUGAUGCCCUCUUCUGGCCUGCAGGCAGACACACAGACAGAUAUUAUAUACAUAAUAAAUAAAUAUUUAAAAAAAAAAAAAAGGAUAGUUGGGAAAAGCCCCAGGCCUGCUCAACCCACCUCCAGAAGAGCCGUGGACAUGGGGAAAGGGAGAGUUUUUCUCUAUUAAGACAGGAUCUCAGCUAUAUGCCCAGGCUGGGUUUCGUCUCAAGCUUUCCAGCCUCUUCCAAGUGCUGGGGUUAGAAGUGUGAACCACCACCAGGCAGUGGAGGUGCACACCUUUAAUCUCAGAAUUCAGGAGGCAGAAGCAGGCAGCUCUCUGUGAGUUCAAGGCCAGCCUGGUCUACAGAGCAAGUUCCAGGACAGUCAAGGGAAAUCGUCUCCAAAAAGAAAAAGUGUAAGCUACCACCUAGCUUAACACAUAAAGGGGGUGGUUUUUUAUUUUGUUUUAUUUUGGUUUUGAUCACUAAGGGUCUGGAGCCCUGGCUGUCAACACUUGUCUACACAGGUUAUAAUAUAGGCCAACAAACAGAUACGCAUAUCUAUAGAAGCCUGCCUUCUCACAUGUCCUGGGGUUAGGCCCUGCCUCAUAGGCUCCAUGUACCUGUGGACAUGUAUCACCUCAUCUCCUAUGUCCUAGCCCAUGCCUGCUAGGUCCUGGCUUGACAGCCCCCAGCAAUUACAUCAGGUCAACAAAAACUUACUAUGUUGCCUGAAUUGUUUUGGGUACUGGGAAUAGAGCAAAGAACAAAACACUAGCUCUCUGCCUCUUCCUCCCCCAACAGGGUCUAACUCUAGCCAGGCCGGCCUGAAACUGACAGCAAAUGUUCCUCCCUCUGUCUCCUGAGUAUUGAGAUUACAGGUGUAAGCCACCGUGACCCACUUAAUUCUUCAUGAUCACCUCUGGCUUUUAGAUGACGAAACUGAAUCAGGGAGUAAAGGGCAGUUAUUAAGUGGGAAUACCCGAGUCUGAAUCCCAGCUCCGUUUCCACAGCCCUGAGCUACGACAGGGAAGAGUCCCACUGCACCAAGCCAUCAUUGCAGGUUCCCCACG